AUGUACAAAAAGGCCGAAGCCUCGUUCUGGACGGCGGAAGAAAUUGAUCUCGCCGGAGAUCUGCAAGAUUGGGACAAGCUUUCUUCCAACGAGCGUCACUUCGUCUCCCACGUCCUCGCCUUUUUCGCCGCUUCCGACGGUAUCGUCAACGAGAACCUCGCCGGCAACUUCGCCACGGAAAUACAGUCCGCCGAAGCCCGCUGCUUUUACGGAUUCCAAAUUGCCGUCGAAAACAUUCAUUCCGAAACCUAUAGUCUCCUCAUUGAUACCUACGUCCGUGACGCUGCCGAGAAGGAUCAUCUGCUGCACGCCAUUGAGACAGUCCCGUGUGUACAGAAAAAAGCCUCCUGGGCCUUGCAAUGGUGCGACGCCAACCACGCCAGUUUUGCCGAACGCUGCGUUGCCUUUGCUGCCGUCGAAGGCAUCUUCUUCAGCGGCAGCUUUUGUGCCAUCUUUUGGCUCAAGAAACGCGGACUCAUGCCCGGUCUAUGCUUCUCCAACGAACUUAUCUCGCGGGACGAAGGACUGCACUGCGACUUCGCCUGCCUGCUUUAUUCCAAACUGCAAAAUCAACUACCCGUCGCCCGGAUCGUGGAGAUUAUCACCGAUGCCGUGACCAUUGAACAAGAGUUUGUACAAGAUGCCCUGCCCGUGGAGCUGAUCGGUAUGAACAGUACCCUCAUGUGCCGCUACAUUGAAUUCUGUGCCGACCGACUGCUGGUCGCCCUGGGCUGUCCCAAGCACUACAAGGCCGUCAACCCCUUUGACUGGAUGGAAAUGAUCUCGCUACAGGGCAAGACCAACUUUUUUGAGAAGCGCGUGGGUGAGUACGCCAAAUCCGGGGUCGGCGAAAAGGACAAUCACUGUUUUGAUCUUGAAGCCGACUUUUAA